AAGGAGGAGGACCAGGAGGGCGGCCAUUUUGUUUGUUGCCGUUGCCGUCGACGCCCCCUCCGGGCGGAGCCGUUGGCCGCGAGGCGCUUCCGCGUGAAGUAUGCGCGUGAAGGGUUCUUCCGACCAUGCAAUGGCGCUCGCUGGUGCUGGCGCUCUUGGCCCUGAGGCUGGCGGGGCAGGCGCUGCUCUGGCUGGCGGGGCCCAGCCUGGGCUUCUUCCACCAGCAGCAGCAGCAGCAGCAGCGGAGGCGGCUCCGGGCGUUCCCGUGCGUAGGCCAGGCCUCGAACCCGCGUUGCCUCACAGCCGGCUUGGCGGCGCCGCACUGGGCCCCCUUCUUAGGAGGAGGAGGAGGUAGCCAUGGCGGCGGGCUCCGGCUGCCCCUGCUCGCCGAGGACGAGUACGAGCAGCGCUACAGCCGCGCCUUCCCGGCCCAGCUCCGGGCCCAGCUCCGCGACGCCGCCCGAGGCAUGUUCGCCUUCGGCUACGACAACUACAUGGAGCACGCCUUCCCGCAGGACGAGCUCAACCCCAUCGAGUGCCGCGGGAGGGGCCCCGACACCGCCGACCCUUCAAAUCUCAAUAUCAAUGAUGUCCUGGGAAACUACUCGCUUACUCUGAUUGAUGCAUUGGAUACCUUAGCAGUAAUGGGAAAUUCUUCAGAAUUCCAGAAGGCAGUGAAGCUGGUGAUAGACACAGUCUCGUUUGACACUGAUUCCACUGUCCAGGUCUUUGAGGCAACAAUUAGGGUCUUGGGAAGUUUGCUUUCAGCUCACAUAAUAAUUACAGAUGCCCGGCAGCCUUUUGGUGAUAUGAGUAUUAAAGACUAUGAUAAUGAGCUCUUACAUAUGGCUCAUGACCUGGCAGUCAGGCUUCUACCUGCUUUUGAGAACACCAAAACUGGGAUUCCUUAUCCUCGGGUAAACCUAAGAACAGGAGUUCCUUCUGGCAGCAAUAACGAGACUUGCACUGCAGGAGCUGGUUCUUUGUUGGUGGAAUUUGGGAUUCUGAGCCGGCUUCUUGGGGAUUCAACCUUUGAAUGGGUUGCCCGCCGAGCUGUAAAAGCUCUCUGGAGUUUAAGGAGCAACGACACUGGUUUAUUAGGCAAUGUUGUAAAUAUUCAAACUGGCCAGUGGGUUGGAAAACAGAGUGGCCUGGGAGCAGGAUUAGACUCCUUCUAUGAAUAUCUUUUGAAAUCUUACAUCCUCUUUGGAGAAAAAGAAGAUCUAGAGAUGUUCAAUGAUGCAUAUCGGAGUAUUCAGAACUAUUUAAGGCGAGGGAGGGAAGCUUGCAAUGAAGGUGAAGGUGACCCACCACUUUAUGUUAAUGUGAAUAUGUUCAGUGGGCAGUUAAUGAACACCUGGAUUGAUUCUCUUCAAGCAUUUUUUCCUGGACUUCAGGUUUUAAAAGGUGAUGUAGAAGAUGCUAUUUGUCUCCAUGCAUUUUAUUAUGCAAUAUGGAAACGAUAUGGGGCUCUUCCUGAGAGGUACAACUGGCAGUUACAGGCACCUGAUGUCCUCUUUUAUCCUCUAAGGCCAGAAUUAGUAGAAUCUACAUACCUUCUUUAUCAGGCCACAAAGAAUCCUUUUUAUCUUCAUGUGGGGAUGGAUAUUCUUCAGAGUCUGGAGAAAUAUACAAAAGCAAAAUGUGGUUAUGCUACUCUUCACCAUGUCAUAGAGAAGUCCAAAGAAGAUCGGAUGGAAAGCUUUUUUCUCAGUGAGACGUGUAAAUACUUGUUUUUGCUAUUCGAUGAAGAAAACCCAGUGCACAAAUCAGGCAAUAGAUACAUGUUUACUACAGAGGGCCACAUUGUGUCACUGGAUAAGCGUCUUCGUGUUUCCCUAUGGCAAGAUAAAACUGAACAAUUAAAGCCUAGCGAACUAAGAGCAGCCAACUCCACCUCUAAUUGCAAUAGAGUACCAGAUGAGAGGAGAUACCUACUACCUUUGAAGAGUGUUUAUAUGAGACAGAUUGAUCAGAUGGUGGGCUUGAUCUGAACAGCUUUUCGUAUGGAGGAAUCCUUAAAAUGCAUGGUAACAACCUGUUCUGACAACAAGGACCGUCUUGAUCUUUCCUAGCUUAUAGGAGGUGCUGGGAUUCAGUAACCACUUACUCAGAUGAAAGACUUAGUUUCGUUCUGCGAGGGGGACCCUGUGAUAGACUACCAGUUCUCAUAACUGAAAUACAGUGUAAAGUGGCACAUCAUGUGAGCCAAAUUCUCAUGUGUGAAACUUCAAGGUUUGUAUUGCUGAUAAAGACUUCGGUAGUCUAAAAUUUAUUUUUAAGAAUGAGAACAAGUGGCUUGCUCCAGGAAUCCUGCUUUGCUUUCACCUCUUGCAUUGUGAAUGAGAGUGUUUGGAGAGAACCUACAAGUUUAAUUACAUUUCUUUAAAAAUGGUAUGUAGGAAGGAAAAGGGAACGUGCAAUGUCUCUCACUGAGCUUAAAUGGCCUGCUUCACUCGCAAUAAAACAAUACAAAUUAUUGCUCAGGUAGGAAAAUAUCCAUAGGUUAUGGUUUACUUACAAUGUGUUGCUGAAAGUGUCAUAAUUGAAGAGCUUGUAAUGCCAUCCAAGGCAUUGCACUACUGUGUUCAGGACUAACGUUGAGGCUGAUUUUUGAAACCGUGUUUUUAAUUUGAAUUGCACAUUCAAGGAUAUAUAGAGGUCUACUAGUUUCUGCAACCAGUAAAUUUUUUUAAAGUGCCUUCUAGAUGAAAAUGCACAAAUCCACUCAUCUCGCUCAAGGUUGCAUGGCUGAUUUUGAAGACAUUCACCUCAUUCUUCUGUUAUAGUUUCUUGUUUUUGGUGUCUUUCCAAGAGAUCUACCUGAAAUAUAUAUUUACAUUCCUUGUACUUCUCAUAUGCAAACUUAUGGAGUUAGUGCCUUUAUACUUUUGUCACCUAGAAUGGAGCCAAAGGUUCCAGUUCUUCCUUUUCUGAAAGGCAUGGUUAAAAAAACUUUUACGCAGAAGCAUUAUAAAUAAUUCACAACUCAUGUAGUUUUUAAGGGCUGCAUAUUCUUUCACACUAUUGUGAAUUGAGUAUUCUUAUGACUUGAAACCACUCCCAUGGACAAGUAUUUUUAUAGUGUCUUUGGAGAAGACCUGCUCUUCAAAUAUAGUCUAACCAGAAUGUUCAUGUAUAUUGAGCGGAUAUUUGAGUGCAUCAUUUGAGGCCCUUGUACAAAACAACCCUAAAUAGCUGUUUAAACCCCAUUUCUCCUAAUUUCUCCCAGUAGCAGGGUGGAUAUGAAGUAGAAUCUGCCUGCCUUCUUAAUGGAUCACAAAAGAUUAGUUAUCCAGCAAUAGAUUAUUUUAAUUUUUGUUUUAAAUCUCACAAAUGCAAAGCAUAUUCUACUUUAGGAAAAGUGAGGCACAACUUAGUUGACAUCUUGAAUUAUAAUGUGUAGAUACCUAUUUUAUGACUACAUUAUCCGGUCUGGUUGUUCAUAAAGCUGGUUUCAUGGAGCACAUUUUAGGUUUACUUCACCAUAUUUAUCACUGAAACGAUUAGGGCUUGCUUAAUCUCUUUGGCAAACAAAUAAACAAAAAAAUCUCAGGGAUAUCACAGUAGGCUUCUGUUUGCCUGGCAGAUUUUGUGUUUUGACUUUCAGCGUUUGUUUUCAUACUGUUUUCAUUUCUUUGAAAGUUAACAUAUUAGAAUUCCCAGAAUAUAAAAUUCUGUUCAAAGAAAACAGCCCCAUUCUAUUUCUAUAUUGCUGCCCAGAUUUUAAUUGUCUUCUCCCAUGCUACCCUCUCAUUACUGAUUUGGAAACCAAACAAAAUAUGUGGAGUGGUACAUCUCAAAGCUGUUGGGGCCAUGCAGGUAAUUAAAAUUGUUGGGGUAAAAUGAGUGUUUCUGGAUAAACAUGUCUACUAAAAGAUGAACAUACUCAUAGUAACUCAAUUCCUUCAGGAAGGAAAAACAAAGCAAAAGAACUCGACACUUCAGAAGCACUUUGGAUGGGCGUUUUGUCUUUUUUGCACAAAACUUUGACUGUGACCCAUAGAGCUUUUAACGUUCAUGUGAAGUGCUUUACUAACCUAGUGGAUUUUUAAAAAAUUCUUCAUCAUGGCCUCAUGAAAACUAAUUUAUUUUUUAAAUAGAAGAAUUUCAAGUACAAUUUGCCAUUUAUAUGUGGAGAAGCUCUUAAUGCUUAUGUAGGUUUGAUGAGUUCAUUUGAUAGUUCUCUGGAUCCUGGCCCCAGUCAACUUUCACUGUAAAGAGAAAUGCAAACCAAAGCUGUUGAGUUCACUAUUUUUGUAAUCAUGUUGUCGAAAGAGGCAUGCUUCCGCAAGGUGUGUGUACCAUAAUGGGUCCUGGUGGGUGUUUUCUCUUCUCAGCGUAUUGCCAUAUCAACACUUCUGACAAUGUCAUUCCUUAGCAGAUUGCAUGUCUUGCUUCUUAGCAAGUUGUUUCCCUACCAACUGUUGAGUGAUCAAAUGAUUUCUUUCAAGCUCGCUCCUUUUGCCAAGUGAAACAUUGGAGAUGUUGGUUUUCAAAAGAAGUAAAUGUCUUUUUGUUUAAUCAGGAUACUAGUGUUCUAAACUCUGCAUUUUCUGUGCACCUGAAUAAUAAGUGUACUUCCAGUAGAUAUAACAUAGUCCCUUCUGUGUUGAUUUGCCCAUCAUUUUACUUCUGCUUUGGUACAGAUCAAAAAACACAUUGUAGAGAUUGUAUUUUCCUGAGACUCCUGUCCAGGGUCACCCAUGGGUGCUAAUCCUUGCUGUGAUCACUCCAUAUUGACUUAAUUGCACUAUUUGUGGUUUUAUGAGAAGAUCAAAUUAUCAACUUGACAUUUCCAGUUUCUCUUACAUGGAUGUUUGUAAAAAAAUGCUCAUCUGUAAAAUAUCCUUUUUAGUUUAUAAAAGAGGACUACUCUGUUUUCUUGUGAAAUUAAGUGUUAAGGCAAAGUCUAAAACAUUGCUGGAUACUUGCCAAUAUAUGCAGAUUAAAUUCUGAUCAUAAUGUGCAAUAUGUAUUUUCCUAGCCUAACAUGGCAUUGUUACAAAACAUAUUUAAUAAAAUAAUUGAGUUAAAGUUUAUAAAGAACGCAAUGUUUUGAGCAAUGUAAAGAUUUAAAAAUGAACAGAUUUUACAUAUAAUUUGUAUUAAAGCACUAUUUCUUAA